AUGUACGCAAGCGCCCCAUUCGACGCUCACAGCGUCGGCGACUUCAAAGAGAAUCUGAGCAACAUCCUCAUCUGCCCGGAUUGCAAGGAGUACCCGCCGCAGCUGGUGGAGGAGUUCUCGAGUGGAGACAUGGUCUGCUCAACCUGUGGACUGGUUGUGGGCGACCGUAUCAUUGACACCCGAUCUGAAUGGCGCACCUUUGCCAACGAUGACCAGGGCAACGACGACCCUUCGCGUGUUGGUGAAGCUGCCAACUCGCUGGCGGACGACGAAGGCCUACGAACCCAGGUCGACACCAAGGCCGGCAACGGCAAGCUUGCUGGAAAGCUGAACAGCAUCAACAAGAAGUCGCAGACUGAGAAGGGCAGCAGCGAGCUGAUGGCGGGCUACAAAGAGAUCAACCACUGGGUUGACACCAUGACUGCCGGCAGAAAUGUCAACGAGAGCGCCUGCCACAUCUUCAAGCUGGCUCACGAACAUGGCCAUAUGAAGGGCAAGUCUCGCGAUGCCUUGAUUGCAGGAUGUAUCUUCAUUGCCUGCCGCCAGUCUGGUGUCCCUCGAACAUUCCGCGAGAUCUACGCAGUCACGCGCGUGCCCAAGAAGGAGAUCGGGCGAGUGUUCAAGUCGCUCGAGACCUUCUUGCAGAAAGUGCAGAAGCACAACCCGUCGGCCAGCAUCAGCCAAGGAGUUAACGACUACAAGGCAUCGAGCUCCACCAGCGCCGAGGAGCUCUGCACCCGCUACUGCAACCUGCUGGACUUCAGAAACACGCCUCGCAUGGAGAAGAUCUCCAAGGCGCUGGCGCGCAAGACCAGCUCUGUCUCGGAUCUUGCCGGCCGCUCGCCUCUCUCGGUUGCUGCCGCCUGCAUCUACUUUGCAUCCCACUUUGUCGAGGAGCCCAAGUCAUCGAAGGAGAUUGCGCUUGUUGCCGGUGUCAGUGACGGCACAAUCAAGACGGCUUAUCGCUUCCUCUACCAGAAGAAAGACGAGCUCAUCGAGUCAGACUGGCAGGGUAACGCGAACAAACUCCCAGCCAACUAG